AUGCUAGGGCGCCCUCUCUGGUUCGAUAAGUCUAGCCGACUUGGCAGGAGGCUUGGUUACCCUAGAGUAUGUGUUGAGAUGGGUGUUGAUUCGACAUUCCCAUAUUCUUUGCGUCUUGUCCCAGAUCGUAGGCCUGCUUACACUGUCAAUAUUGAAUACUGUAAUAAGCCAGAGAUGUGUGGGAAAUGCAGUAGGUUUGGCCAUAACUGUGAGGAGGAAGUUCAGGAGAUUCAGAGGGAAGAGGGAGAAGCUCCUGUGUUGAUUUAG